AUGACUCCCAAUUCCGCGAGCGACAAAUCCUCCCUCAACACUUCAUUAGAUGUUCUCAUAAUUGGAGCUGGGAUUUCCGGGAUCAACUUGGCAUACCACAUCCAGACAAAAGCCCCAGAACCAGCACCGUCAUCAUACGCCAUUCUUGAGUCAAGGAGUAAUUUGGGUGGCACAUGGGACCUAUUCAAAUACCCAGGUCUCAGGUCUGACUCAGAUAUGUUUACUUUCGGCUUGCCCUGGUACCCUUGGCGAAAGAACAAAACUAUAGCCUCGGGUGCUGAGAUCCGUUCUUAUCUAGAGGCCGCGGCUACACACGCUGGGAUCGAUAAAAAUAUCAAGUAUCAACACAGAGUACUUUCAGCGCGUUGGUCAUCCCAGAAGUCACGGUGGACUCUGGCUGUCGAGGUCAAUGGCGUUCCCGGGCAUAUUUAUGAGGCGCGUUUCCUUAUACUGGGCACCGGUUACUACGACUAUGAUGAGCCGUUAGCUACCCAAAUCCCAGGCCUUGACAACUUCGCUGGAACCAUAGUCCAUCCCCAAUUUUGGCCCGAGGAUUUGGACUAUGUCGAGAAAGAUGUUGUUAUCAUUGGGAGUGGCGCAACUGCCGUUACCCUGCUACCAAAUCUGACGGAAAAGGCAAAUCAUACGACCAUGUUGCAAAGAAGCCCAACUUACAUCUCGCCGUUGCCCGUGGUUGACAAGCUCGCGGUGGUUGAGCGCGCCAUAUUGCCAGCUCGCCUUGCCGGACGAGUGACUCGACUCCGCCGCGCUAUACGAUUCUUCGGCUUCUACUGGUUUUGCAAGUUCUUCCCCAACACUGCAAAACGACUCCUUCGCAACAUGUGCAUGAAACUCCUUCCCCCUGAUCUUCCUGUUGACCCGCAUUUCACUCCUCGCUAUAACCCCAUGGACCAGCGGCUCUGUGUCUGUCCAGAUGGUGACUUUUUUUCCAGCCUGCGUUCUGGAAAAGCGAGCAUAGUGACCGACACUAUCAAGAAGGUUACUGAAGAUGAGAUAAUCCUGGCUUCAGGUACAAAGUUGCGGCCUGACAUUAUCGUCACGGCGACUGGCCUCAAGCUACGUAUUGGCGGUGGUAUUCAAUUCUUUGUCGACGAUGACCCAAUCAAUAUUGUUGAUGGGUUUGCUUGGAAAGGUUUCAUGCUACAAAAUGUGCCUAACUUAGCUUUUGUAGCCGGGUACUACAACGCUGCAUGGACUUUAGGUGCAGAGGUGACAGGUAUAGCUGUUGUUAGGUUAUUACGCCAGAUGAAGUCCAAAGGGGUUUCUUGUGUUGUGCCACGCCUUGGGGAAUUGGAUCAAAAUAUGGAGCCGCAGUCGUUCUUCAAAAUCUCGUCUACCUAUGUUAGGGAUGCCAUUAUGUAUACCCCUAAGGGAGGAACGGGACAGUGGGCACAUAGGUGGAAUUACUUUUUUGAUCUCGCAAAAGCCUAUUGGGGUGAUUUUAAUUCUGGCCUGGAGUUUAUCUAG